AUCCAGUUCCAAUAUGGAAAAGAUGAUUCAUGAGAGGAUUGAUGUUGUCUCCAACCAGACAAAUGAUCACAGUAUAUCGAUGAAUGAUAAUCAUGAAAAUCUGAGUCAAGAGUUGGAUAUUCUCAGGCAUAUGGUGGAAAAUAUUCAGGAAGAGAUUGAAGAAUCAGGUUUCAGACAGGAAAUGACGAAUAUUGACACAAACAAACGAAUGAACCUGUUAGAGAUGGCUCUCAAUAUGACUGUUGCAGAAAUUCAAAGUAGUAAGUCUGGCCAUGCGGACUUUGCAAACAAAACAAUGAGUCUGCUUCGUAAUGUCAUGGAUAUUUAUAGAAAUCAAAUAGAAACAGAGAACUCAACAUCAGCUGGAGAUAACCUAAUUGACGAUGUAACAGUUCGUGAGAAUACAACAACUCCUUCUUCAGAUAGCAUAGAUAGCACCCUGCCAGAGGACACAUGCACUCAUCCAAAGGCAGUUACAUCAAAUAUGAUCAGUUGUUCAGCCUCCUCUACAUAUAGUAGAAAGCAUACCUGUGCAAAGGCCUUUGACGGAGUUCUACAAACAAAUCGGGUUGGGUCUACUUGGGCAUCAAAGGGUGAGGGUGUCGGGGCCUGGAUUCAAGCAACUUUUUCACAAGAAAUUAUUAUUAAGGAGAUAAAGCUGCUUCAAAGGUUUGCGGAAGCCGAAGCAAAUCGACAAGUUGAUAUUCUGUAUGAUGGAAAUAUUGUGCAGAGUGCCAUUCUUCCAGCUAGAGGGAGCCGACACUGGAAUGUUAUAAGACUUUCGAGAGGAGUUCCCUCUUCAUCCCUAAAAAUCACCAUUACUGAGGUUUACGGAACAAUCAACAAUGGGUUCAAGGAGAUCUCUGUGCUGGGAUGCUUUUAAUCAAUCAAUCACAUAUUUAAUCAAUUUAUAGUAUGAUUUCGUAACCAGUAAUGUAGUUAAUCAAUUUAUUAUAUGAUUUAUUGAUCAAUCCGUCACAUAUUAAAUCAAUCAGUCACAUAUAAAAUCAAAUCAAUCAAUUAUUAUUGUGUUUAAUCAGUCUAAUCAUAUAAUUCAUCAUUCAAUCAAAUUAGUGAUCUAUAUUUACAAUUUCUUAGUUUUAAAUCAAUCAUAAAUUUUCAAAUUCGUCAAUGUAUCUCUUUGUUGUUUAUUUGAUUUACAUAGUUACUAUCUAACUUUUCUGUAAAAUAUAUUAAAAGUGUUCCAGCUUUUACUGAUAUAAUUUAAAUUUUUAAUUUUAAAUGGAAGAAAAAGUCAAACUCAUCCAAAUGUAGUUUGUAUAGGUUUCAUGAACCUCAAAAUAUUGGGAUUAAACCAAUUUAAGAUCAGUUGAUCUCUGUGGAGAGAGAGAAUGAGUUUAUCUCAAUCCUACCAUUUAAAAGUUAUCAGUUUUAUCCUUUCCAUAACAUUGUUUAUCAUUUUAUUUAUUAUUCUUUAUUCUGUUUUACUUUCCAACGUUUAUUCUUUUCCUUUCAAACACAUUCUUUCAUGCUUAUAUUCCUUCCCUUUUUUCUUUGUCUCUAUAAAACCCGCAAAUCACUUUUAAGAGAAACCACAAGUUUAAAGUAAUAAUUUUGAAGGGAGUGACCGGCUAUGCAAGGUUGUUGAACUGAGUAUGCAGUGUUGUGGAAAACUUC